AUGCCAGUUGCAAUGGAGUCCUUGGAUCAGAAGCCCUUUCGCUUGGCGGUGGGUCGCGCUGCCUGGUGGAUACCCAAUCCCGGAAGGGUAGCUCGCUGCCCACCCAUAGCCACACUGCCAUCGAGCCACUUACCUGGAACUUCCGCGGAGGAUACGCGAAAAUUGUCAUUUGCCGCAGCUUUAAAGGAUUUGCUGCAGAACCUGUCGUUCCAUUGUUACAGCAAAUUAGUGGAGUCCGGUCGGCGGAUUCAGGAGCGUUUCUUUUGGUUCGUUUUCCACAUAACCGCGCUGACCGUCCUAAUUGCAUUCCUCUGGGGCACCUACACCAACGAGCAGGACGCCCUGGUGACCACCAUGUACCAUCCGAUGUAUCCCAUUUGGAAGGUGGAGUUCCCGGCCAUAUCCGUGUGCAGCUUGAACCGCAUCUCCCAACGUGCGGCCUGGCAAUAUGCCCACAAUCUAAGUGGCAAAGAUCCAAAGCAGCGCAAUGCCGGCUUUUUCUACGGCCAACUGAAAGCCUUCAUGUAUAUGUACUACGAUCCCUCGGAUCUGAUGGACAUAGACAAUGCUCUGCGCUUCCAGAGCUUCCUGGACAGAUUCGAUACGGGUGAGGAGGAGCUCUUCUUCAAUACCAGGAAGCGGAUGAGCGCCCUCACACCGAACUGCAGUGAUAUGUUCGUGAGCUGCCGGAUUGCCGGGCGUCUGUUCGACUGCAUGGCUAAGUUUGAGACGACCCUGACCAGCCAUGGCUUCUGCAGCAGUGACAACUUCUACAAGAUUAACGGCCACAAUGGCUAUCCGGAUCCCUUUUCCGGAGGAGUGGCUGAGCGCGUGGCCGAGACCGGCUUUAACACCUUGCUGCCGGUGAGGGCUAAGAUUUUUGAGACUCUGCCCGAAGCGCGCAGCAUGAGCCCGUCGGUGCGCAAGUGCCUGUUUGAGAACGAGAUGCCGUGGAUCUUCGCCCGGCAUUAUACCUUCAGCAAGUGCAUCUCCGCCUGCAGGGCCCAAAGUGUGGUCAGCCUGUGCGAGUGCGUUCCGUUCAGCCUGCCCCACAGAUACAUCGAUGGGAGCGAGAAGAGGAUCUACUGCACUCUGCAGCACCUGGCUUGUCUCAAGCGCUACGAGUUCAAGUGGUUGAACGUCAUCACCAGUCGGGAGAACGUGACGGGCCUGGAGCACGAACUGCAGGACGCCCUCUACUGCCCCCUCUGCCUGGCCUCCUGCACGGAGACUCGCUAUAGUGUCCGGGGAGCCAUGACACUGGGCCUGCCCACUCCCAGCCAGAUCAAGGGUCCUGCGCGAAGCAAUCCCGAGCCGCGUGCCAAUAACAGUUACGGCCCAGCAUUGAGUUCCGGAUCCGGAAAGGGCCCAGUCCACGGCUCAUCCUCCCCCGCCGAGCUGGCCGUGGUGCGUAUUUAUUUUGCCGAAACGCACAUUCAAUACUUUCGCCAGAUUAUUAAGAGCGCCUGGUACGAGACCUUCAGUACAAUUGGCAACAUCUGCGGCAUUAUAGCCGGUUUCUCGCUGAUUGGCAUCUGCGAGCUCUUGUUUUUUCUAGCCAAACAAUUAUGGCAGGCAUGCCGCGCGGAGCUGCGGGCCGAGCUCGCCCACAUCCACGUCCAAAUCCGGACGCAGGUAGCGGAACCGGAAACGGAUGCGGAAGCGGAGCGGCCGAUGAAGUUGUUUAUACUGCCGUAA